GGGGGGGUUGCGAUGCGCCGGCUGGUAUCGCAGUGGACAUGUUCCUGAGUCGGUGGUGGUGGGCAGUGUGCCAGUAGAUCAACUGAAUGCAGGCAAUAAUGAGCACCAUCACAGCUGAAAGCCAGCCAGGACCAGGACCUGGAGCUGCCACCGAGGCGUGGUGCCGUGGCUGAGCCCGGUGUGCUGAGUGUGCUGGACCCCGCACUCAGCAGCACAUGCUCUCACCACGGCUGCACCACGCGGAUGGAAAGCUGCAGCCCAGCAGGGACUCUUGCUGGCCGGCUGACGCCAUCUUGCACCCUAUGCCCCAGCCCUAUGCCGGAGCGGGCACCCUCCCUGGCUCAGCCGCUCGCCGACCAUGAAGUGCUCAUUGCGCUUCUGCUUCCUCUCGACCGCCUUCCUGCUCGUCUUCGUCAUGUCCCUCCUCUUCACCUACUCCCACCACAGCAUUGCCUACCUGGACCCUGGCGGGCUGGGCGGCAUCCACCGGGUGAAGCUGGUGCCUGGCUACGCCGGCAUGCAGCGGCUCAGCAAGGGGGGCCCAUACCCCUGGGGCUGCGCCUGCCGCCGCUGCCCGGCCGAUGAGGCUGGGGCUGCUGAUUGGUUUGAUGUGCGCUACGACGGCACCGUGUCCCCAGUGUGGACCAAGGACAACAUGGACCUGCCACCUGAUGUCCAGAGGUGGUGGCUGAUGCUGCAGCCCCAGUUCAAGUCCCACAACACACAUGAGGUCCUGAGCAAGCUCUUCCAGAUUGUGCCAGGCAAGGAUCCCUACCGCUCCCGUGACCCGCGCCGCUGCCGUCGCUGUGCCGUGGUCGGCAACUCUGGCAACUUGCGUGGCUCCGGUUAUGGGCCAGAGAUCGACGGGCACGACUUCAUCAUGCGGAUGAACCAGGCACCCACAGUGGGUUUCGAGGGUGAUGUGGGCAGUCGGACCACGCACCACUUCAUGUACCCCGAGAGUGCCAGGAACCUGCCUGCUAAUGUCAGCUUCGUGCUGGUGCCCUUCAAAACCCUGGACCUGCUCUGGAUCGCCAGUGCCCUCUCCACUGGCCAGAUCAGGUUCACGUACGCACCUGUGAAGCCUUUUCUGCGGGUGGACAAAGAAAAGGUGCAGAUCUACAAUCCUGCCUUCUUCAAGUACAUCCAUGACCGCUGGACAGAGCACCACGGGCGCUACCCCUCCACCGGCAUGCUGGUGCUCUUCUUCGCCCUCCACGUCUGCGAUGAGGUGAACGUCUUUGGGUUUGGCGCUGACAGCCGGGGUAACUGGCACCAUUACUGGGAGAACAACCGCUACGCCGGGGAGUUCAGGAAGACGGGAGUGCAUGACGCCGAUUUCGAGGCGCACAUCAUCGACAUGCUGUCCAAAACUAGCAAGAUUGAGGUGUACCGGGGGAACUGAGCCUGCCUGGCUCCCGGUUCUCCCCAGGGCACUGGUGGAGCCAGCCUGGACUUGCUUGGUGCCUCAGCAGCCAGGCAGGUUCAGAGCUAAAGGAGACUGUCUGCUUUUUUAAUUCUUAAGAAACCCAGCUGAGAAAGGAUUUGUAAACACAAUCAGCGACCGAUGGUGGCGGCCACCACCUUGCAUCUCUUUACAGUCAAACCAAAUGCUGCUCUUUUUAAAACAAGACAACAACCUCCACCCCAACCACUGAAGCUGGGUGACUUUGGGGAGCACCUGAGCAUCAUGUCUGGGCUGAGGGAGACCUGGUGGCCCAGCAGCCUCACCGGUGGAACAGCUGCUUCUUGCUUCCUUUA